AUGCACGGCGGUUCGCAGGAGGCGGAGAUCCUGAACGUGCUGUCGGCGCAGCUGCGGCAGGAGAUCCUGCUGCACACGUGCCGGCGCCUCGUGGAGAACGUGAGCUUCUUCAACAACCUGCCGGCCGGGCUGCUGCUGCGCAUCGUGCUGUGCAUGCGCGCCGAGAUGUUCCUGGCCAACGACGUGGUGGUGAAGGCCGGCGCGCGCGGCGAGUGCAUGUACUUCAUCACCUCGGGCACCGUCGCCAUCUACACCACCACCGGCAGAGAGGCAAGCGCACGGAUCUUCUUCGCUUUUUUCCCUUCUUUUUUUUAUUUUUAUUUCCCUUCUUCUAUCGUGGAUCAAGAGGUCGGUUAUUUUUUCCCCGACCAACAUCAGCGGCGCGUGGCGAGCGUGGUGGCCAUCGAGUGCUGCGAGCUGUACCGGCUGGACCAGCGCGACUUUGUGCGCGCCAUCAACCCGUUCCCGGACCUGGUGACGCGCAUCGAGCGCGUGGCCGAGGAGCGGUACGAGCGCACCAUGCAGAUGGACGCCGGCGACAAGCGGCGGCGCGCCAUCAGCCGCCUCAGCGAGGCGCACCACGCGCUGCGCCGCAGCAUGCUGCUCGCGCGGACUCGGCGCGACUCCAACGCGCGGAAGUCGUCCCUAGUGUGGAGGCGAGGAGUACAGAGGGGUUCUUCGAUUAUUUCGUAA